GCGCAUGAUUUACGAACUCAAUCGCCAACGAAACUACCCACGGUGGUACAUAAAGAAGGCGAACUCCUCCUGUUUUCGGUCGGCAGAAACUUCCACUUAUGGCUGAAGAAGCAAAAGCUAAGGGUAACGCCGCCUUCUCCUCCGGCGACUUUCAGGCGGCCAUCCGCCACUUCACUGAAGCAAUCAACCUCGCCUCUACGAACCAUGUCCUCUACUCCAAUCGAUCCGCCGCCUACGCCUCCCUCAACCAAUUUGAAUCAGCAUUAACGGAUGCUAAGAAGACUGUUGAGCUCAAGCCCGACUGGUCCAAGGGCUACAGCAGGCUUGGAGCAGCUCACCUUGGCUUGCAUCAGUACCAAGACGCUAUUGCUGCGUACAAGAAGGGCCUCGAGAUCGACCCCAGUAAUGAAGCUUUGAAGUCUGGUUUGGCUGAUGCUCAAUCCUCGGCGUCGCGUUCUAGAGCAGCACCGGCACCAAAUCCUUUUGGGGAUGCUUUUCAGGGGCCUGAGAUGUGGGCGAAAUUGACCGCGGAUCCGACGACGAGGCUCUUUUUGCAGCAGCCAGAUUUUGUAAAAGCGAUGCAGGACAUACAAAAGAAUCCAAACAAAUUGAAUGAGUAUUUGAAGGAUCAGAGAGUGAUGCAGGCACUGGGAGUUCUAUUGAACGUGAAAUUUAAGGCACAUCCUGGCAGCAGUGAAGACACUGAUAUGCCUGAGGCUGAGACUCCCCCUCCUCAACCAGCUAAGGAGGAGCGUAAAAGGCCCGAACCGGAGCCAGAACUGGAACCAACGGAGCUGUCAGAGGAGGAGAAAGAGAAGAAGGAGAGGAAGGAGAAAGCGCAGAAGGAGAAGGAGGCAGGAAAUGUAGCUUAUAAGAAGAAAGAUUUCGAAACUGCAAUUUCCCAUUACUCUAAGGCGAUGGAAUUUGACGAUGAGGAUAUCUCAUAUCUGACUAAUCGGGCUGCUGUGUAUUUGGAGAUGGGCAAGUAUGAGGAAUGCAUUAAAGAUUGUGACCAGGCUGUGGAGAGAGGUAGAGAGCUCAGAUUUGACUUUAAGAUGAUAGCAAGGGCUUUGACUAGAAAGGGAACUGCUUUAGUGAAAAUGGCUAAAUGCUCCAAAGAUUAUGAACCAGCCAUUGAGACAUUCCAGAAAGCUCUUACUGAACAUCGCAACCCAGACACCUUGAAGAAACUAAAUGACGCUGAGAGAGCAAAGAAGGAACUAGAGCAGCAAGAGUAUUUUGAUCCACAUGUAGCUGAUGAAGAGCGUGAGAAAGGGAAUGAAUACUUCAAGCAGCAGAACUAUCCUGAAGCUGUUAAGCAUUAUACUGAAGCAAUUAGACGAAACCCUGAGGAUCCUAAGGCAUACAGUAACAGAGCUGCAUGCUACACAAAGCUUGGUGCAUUGCCAGAAGGACUGAAAGAUGCUGAGAAGUGCAUUGAACUUGAUCCGACUUUUUCUAAGGGGUACAAUAGAAAGGGUGCUGUGCAGUUCUUCAUGAAAGAAUAUGACAAGGCUUUAGAAACAUACCGGGAAGGGUUGAAACAUGAUCCUAAUAACCAGGAAUUGCUUGAUGGUGUUAGAAGAUGUGUGGAUCAGAUUAACAAGGCUAACCGUGGUGAUUUAAGCCCUGAAGAGUUGAAGGAGAGACAGGCCAAGGCAAUGCAAGACCCUGAGAUUCAGAACAUUCUCUCUGAUCCUGUUAUGCGACAGGUGUUGAUUGAUUUCCAGGAGAAUCCAAAGGCUGCUCAAGAGCACACGAAGAACCCAAUGGUAAUGACCAAGAUCCAGAAGCUGGUCGCUGCUGGAAUCGUCCAGCUCAGAUAAAUGUGAAGAAACUUCCAUUUUUCUUCUAAGUUUUUUAUUUUUGGUUCCAAUUCAGACAACUGUACGUUGCGGUGUGAAUUUGAAUGGAUUUAAUUUAUAGAACUUUCUGUUGAAAGUUUUUGAGGCUUAUAAUUCGUGGAU